AUGGAACCUUGCAAGCCGCCUUGCUUGUUGCUGCCAACGGUAUGCGUGAAUGGAGAACGUUCCUCAACAAAUCCAACUGGUCCUCUUCCGUUAUCUCCACCAGCAACGUUCGAAAUAGUAUCGCCUAAGGGCGUUGGCGCUACGUGGUGUUGGUGUGGAGCGGUCGUGGGGUUAUCACCAUCGCCGUCGCCGCCGCCGCCAACAACGACAACGGCUUCCGCUUCGCUUAUCACCCCUCCACCCCACCCGAGUCUCUAUCCUAUCCGAGCACACACUUUUCAUCACUUUUCAUCUCCUACCGUGCAUCCUAUGACUGAUCCAAGAGUGCCGGUAACUUCAAAUGCUGUCAUCUUCCAUCGUUGGUAUGCGUACAGAGAUGAACGAACGAGUAGUUCCAGCUCGGAUAGUGGGGUAGCCAGCUUGCAGUUUAGCCCUCCGCAUCUUCUAACCGUCGGUACGUCAAUGGGCUCGGCAGUUAUGGCACUCUCACCUCCCGGUCUUUCUCCACUCCAUGUCCAGGACUCAGCAUUCUCAACUCCGACACCAUCGAGCGCGACAACCAGCACUAGUCGCUUCACAUUUGACCAUAUUCCUUAUUUAAAAACCUCAGAUCAAUUCGGGAAUUCGGAGAUCACAAGUGCCUUUGAUCUUCCAUCAUCAUCCGGAAAAGAUCCGGAAAGAUUGAAAGAUAUUUUGAAAACCGUACGACGACAAGAGGACGUUAAGGGACAUCCAAUCUUGCAGAGAAAGGAAUCUGUGAUCCAUUCAACACGAAAAUCCGAAGCAACUCCCAGUACUGUCGGACGAACUGAGUCUCUACCAAUCCCACAGAAAUACGGUCAUCAGUUAAGCGUAUCGGUACCAGAUACUCCAUUGGACAAGGCCUACAGUGGACCAGCAAGUUUCCUUCUUUUCACCUCUUCCGGACAUUCGCUCGUAUCGCCAUCACUGUCCAGCCCACUGUCAUCCUCAGAAUCCUAUCGAUUGACGGCAUCGCCAUCCUACAUUGGCUUGUCGCCUACUCCACGAACGGACUGCAACUCGACUUCUGAAGUCCAAAAAUCUCCAGCUUCCUUAUCAUCGGAAUGCGCCGGUGAUGACGACGAUAAGAAACAGUACUACUGCAAUAUUUGUAAGAAAGACUUCAAACGCCCUGAUAUAUUGUCUCGGCAUCUACGUCGACAUACGGGUGAAAAGCCGUUUGGAUGUGAUGCUUGUGGGAGAUAUUUUUCUAGAUCGGACCACCUGCGAACUCACCGACGCACGCACACCGAUGAGAAACCCUAUCAGUGCACAAUAUGCCCUUAUGCAGCGAGACGCCGGGAUGUGCUGACCAGGCACAUGAGUACGCGACAUCAAGCAAAGGCCGGACUUUCCGUAUUCCAGAAGCACCGUGACAUCCGCAGAUGUCUCAGCGACGGAGACCAUGCACUUCUACCGUCCAGUUCACGUCCUGAACCAUCCACACCGAAGCGAAUUCGUCAUACAACAGACAUAUCGCCUGUCAGAGAACAACCCGAGCAAAGGGAUCGUACGAUUACGGAGCAGGUUACUGCACGUGAUCGACGCAUCACAGAAACAUUACAAGAGGGAAUUCCUACUUCAUUGACAGAAGUGGAGGACGAUGUGAUCGUUGAUGUGUGUGAGUUGGAAGAGGAGGAUGAGGAAGAUGAUGACGAUGACGUCGACGACGAAGCUGACUUUGAUGAGACUUGCAUCCUGCAAAUCGUUUCUCUCUGA